AUGGCCAAGCCAAGCGACAAGCGGGCAGCGAUCCGAGAGAGAGAAGCUUCCUAUAUCAAAGCUGUCGAUGGUGUGGUGCAGAGAAUUCAAUGCUGCGCCACACUGUCUAUCUUGUCUGCUCUGUCUGUGCCGAGUCUCCGAGCGAUCGGUCAAGUGUCGCACUAUUAUGUCGGGCUAGGGCUGCUGUACGAAGACCUACAGGGCACAGUCCAAGACUCUGGGUUUCUGCUCGAGCUGGUCCCUGGUCAUAACUAA